AUGAAACACCUCAUACUUUUUAUCUUAGUAACUACAUACUUUAGGCUACACAAAGCUUGUGAGAAAAAUCGUGUUAUACUUCAUAACGAACUCGGUCGGGGUAGAAUUCUCAAGUUCCACUGUUAUUCUGCAGACAAUGAUUUAGGCGUCAAGAACUUAAACUUCAAUGCUCCUCCAUAUAUCAUCGAGUUCCAUGACGAUGUGAUUUAUAGAACAACAUGGAAUUGUUUGUUAAGGCAAGGAGCUAACAUGGAAUACUCUUAUGAAGUUGAAGUAUACAGAGCAGGAGAUGAUAUUAUCCCUAAAUGUGACCAGAUACGUGUAUGGACGGCCAAACUUGAUGGAAUAUAUUUUUCAAGAAACUCUAAAACACCUCCCGUUUUAGCACUACGUUGGAAAAAAACAUAA